GAGCUCUGCGUGAGGCUGGAGGAUCCUCGCUGCGGGCUCCCACUUCCGGUCAGUACGUCGACGUCGCUCGGCUGCAAAAGGGAAAAAAAAAAAAAAAAAAAAAAAAAAAAAAGCUGCUCAGCAGGAUUUGUCUCCGGCGAUCGUCUGACGCACUUCGCUCGCUCCGAGGGGUUUUUCAAUCCGCUGUCAUCUCAGCUGUGACGCCAUGAGCAACAAAGAAGGAUCAGGAGGGUUCAGGAAGAGGAAACAUGACAAUUUCCCAUAUAACCAUAGGAGAGAAGGGAAGGAUGUGAAUUCGUCUUCACCCGUGAUGCUGGCCUUCAAAUCUUUUCAGCAGGAACUUGAUGCAAGACAUGAUAAAUAUGAAAGACUUGUGAAACUAAGUCGAGAUAUAACUGUUGAAAGUAAAAGGACAAUAUUUCUCCUUCAUAGGAUUACAAGUGAGCCUAAUAUGGAAGAAAUACUAACUGAAUCAGAAAUGAAAUUGGAUGGUGUCAGACAGAAGAUAUUGCAGGUAGCUCAGGAGCUUGCAGGAGAAGACAUGCAUCAGUUUCAUAGAGCCAUUACUACAGGACUACAGGAAUAUGUGGAGGCUGUCUCUUUUCAGCACUUCAUCAAAACACGAUCGUUAAUUAAUAUGGAUGAAAUUAAUAAACAAUUAAUAUUUACAACAGAAGACAAUGGGAAAGAAAAUAAGAAUGCUUCUGAUGCACAGGAUAAGCCAAAGGAUACGUGGAGACUGAAAAUCACACCUGUUGAUUACCUUCUGGGAGUGGCUGAUUUGACUGGAGAAUUGAUGCGGAUGUGCAUUAACAGUGUGGGAAAUGGGGACAUUGACACCCCCUUUGAAGUGAGCCAGUUUUUACGUCAGGUAUAUGAUGGAUUUUCAUUUAUUGGCAACACUGGACCUUAUGAGGUUUCUAAGAAGCUGUAUACCUUGAAACAAAGUUUGGCAAAAGUAGAGAAUGCCUGUUAUGCCUUAAAAGUCAGAGGUUCAGAAAUUCCAAAACACAUGCUGGUAGAUGUGUUUUCAGUUAAAUCCGAAAUUAUCGAUCAAGAAGAGGGUAUUUCUUAAGAUAUGAUCAUUUAUCUAUUAUCGUGAAUGCUAAGAGACCAGUUUGUAAGACUGUUAAAAUUUAGAGAUUUUUUUUAACUUUAUCAGUUUUUGUAUUACAUUGUUUUGGUUCUUUUAAGUUGUAUAAAAACUGUAUAUAAAAUUGUCAAAAUGAGUCAUUUCUAUUUUACUCAUGAAAGUCUGCAUACAAGUGUUUGCACAUAUACCUGUUUGAAAUUCAGCCAGUUAACUUUUAUCAUUGUUAGUGAUGUGGACAUGUUUUGGUGUGCAAUUUUUUUCACACUUACUUUAAUUUACUUUGUAUCAGUUUUGGAGUGCUAAUAUUUAGUAGAAGUCAUUUAUAGUUUAAAUGGUGAUUUUUUUAUAUAAAGAAAAUAUUUCAUAUAUAUCUGAGUCCAUUUGAAUUUCAUAGUCAUAUGGUGCCAGGCUGCCAAAAUUAGUUUAUUCCAUGGAGUAAGAAUAAAAAUUGAGUAGUGAAUAUUUUUUUUCAUUAGGUAUUGAAGAGUUCAUGUAGUCUUGCUAAUCAUGGGCCAUUUGAGUCCAAAAGCCCAUUUCAGAAAAAUUGCCAGAUAUUCAGAUGUUGAUCUUUACAUUUAAUUUUUGUCCAUUAUCACAGGAAAUUUGAUAAAGAAUAUUAUCAGUGAAAUAGUUUCAUUGAUGUUUGAGUUGAAUCCUUAUACAUACAACAGAAGUCUGUUGUCUUGGUUAACCUUUUUUUUGCUAUUAUAUCAUUAGGUAUGUUUGAAGACCUUCCCAUUUUAGCAGCUAUAGAAAAUUAGAUUUAAAUAUAAUGAAGUUUUGAAAUUUCUGAACUGCUUAGUAAAUCAAACUUUAUCCAGUUGUCCAGUUGUGUUAAAUUAUAGUAUAAACAGUUGCCAAAGAAAAUUUAUUGUGUAUAAUUCAGCAAUAAGACAGUUGUCAGCACAGUAGGGAAAUGAGUAGUAUAUAAUAAUAUUUAGAAUUGGAAAAUAUUUACUGAAAUUAGUUCUAAAUUAUUCUCAAUGGUGUUAAAUUACCUUAAGUAUGACACUGUUGGCUGACAACUAGAUAUUUCCAUUUGUUUUGUGAGUUUAGAAAAUCUAAAUACUGGAUUUUAUUUUUGGAAAUACUAACAGCUGUUUGCAAUAGCUGACUCUUUGAAAGUGUAAUUUUGAAAAAUACCAAAAAUAAAUAAA